CACCACAGUUUGAGUUACAUCCUCGGAGACUUGCGCUCACAUCCCACCAAAGGUAGACGCCAAAUUGACGUCAGAGCACCAGUAAUUUGACGUGUGAUCACCUCCCUCCUCCCCCUCCCCAUCCCGACCACACGCACACCCAUGCAGCGCACAAGCCAUCCCUCCCCAUCACCAGUAUUUCCUCUCCUUGGCGGACCAAUAACGCGCAGUUUCACUCUCCCUCCAUCUCAGCCAGCGGUUUCUUCAAGAAUAAACUAAAAAAGAAGAAGAAGAUUUAUUUAUUAUCACUGCACGGCGUUCAUAUCUGAGAAUUCUGGCUGCUUAUCCUGUCUUGGAGGGAAUCAAAGCAUCUUUGUAAAUAUUUUUCCUCUCUGGUUGAAUUACCUCUGACAUGGAAGUGAGAUGUCGUCCGGUGGUGAUGUGCUGUGUUUUUGCCGUUCUCUGCUCCGCGCUUCCCCGACAGUCUUCUUACGGGGACAGACAGUACCUGAACGAGUGGGCAGUGGAGAUCCCGGGCGGGCUGUCCGCUGCGGAGGCGAUCGCCAGAGAGCUGGACUACGAACUGGUCCGACAGAUCGGGGCCCUGGAAGACCAUUUUUUGUUCAAGCACCGCAGCCAUCCUCGCAGAAUGAAACGCAGCGCCAGCCACAUCACCAGGCAGCUGUCCGAGGAUGAUAGGGUGUUGUGGGCUGAACAGCAGUAUGAGAAACGGCGCAGCAAACGAGCAUCCCUCAGGGAGUGCAGGGACUGCCCGGUGGACAAGCUUUUUGAUGAUCCCAUGUGGAACCAGCAGUGGUACCUGCAAGACACGCGGACGUCCUCCUCGCUGCCGAAACUCGACCUGCACGUGAUCCCCGUGUGGCAGAAAGGCAUCACGGGGAAAGGAGUGGUCAUCACCGUUCUCGAUGACGGGCUGGAGUGGAACCACACAGACAUCUACUCCAACUACGAUCCAGCAGCCAGCUAUGAUUUCAAUGACAAUGAUCCCGACCCUUUCCCCAGAUAUGACUCCACUAAUGAAAACAAGCAUGGCACUAGGUGUGCUGGGGAGAUUGCAAUGCGGGCAGACAACAAUAAAUGUGGGGUUGGAGUGGCCUACAACUCUAAAGUUGGAGGGAUUCGUAUGCUGGACGGGAUUGUGACCGAUGCCAUCGAGGCGAGCUCUAUUGGGUUCAAUCCGGAACACGUGGACAUUUACAGUGCCAGCUGGGGACCAAAUGAUGACGGCAAGACAGUGGAGGGCCCUGGUCGUCUGGCGCAGAAAGCUUUUGAAUAUGGCAUUCAGAAGGGCCGUGGUGGAAAAGGCUCUAUCUUUGUUUGGGCAUCGGGGAACGGCGGCCGCCAGGGUGAUAACUGUGACUGUGACGGCUACACAGACAGCAUCUACACUAUCUCAAUCAGCAGUGCCUCCCAGCAGGGCCUGUCCCCGUGGUACGCUGAGAAGUGCUCCUCCACUCUGGCUACGGCGUACAGCAGUGGAGACUACACUGACCAGAGGAUCACCAGUGCCGAUCUCCAUAAUGAGUGCACUCAGACUCACACUGGAACUUCAGCUUCUGCCCCGCUGGCUGCUGGAAUAUUUGCCCUGGCACUGGAACAAAAUCCUGACCUUACCUGGAGAGACCUGCAGCACAUCGUGGUCUGGACAUCAGAGUUUGAUCCUUUGGCCAAUAACCCCGGCUGGAAGAGGAACGGAGCAGGGCUGAUGGUCAACAGCCGCUUUGGGUUUGGCCUUCUCAACGCCAAAGCCUUGGUGGACCUAGCUGACCCGGCCACUUGGAAGCAUGUGCCAGAGAAGAAGCAAUGUAUAGUCAGAGAUGAUUCUUUUCAGCCAAGGGAGCUAAAAGCAACGGGGGAGAUCACUAUAGAGAUUCCAACUAAAGCCUGUGCAGGCCAAGAGAACGCGGUCCGCUCACUGGAGCAUGUGCAGGUGGAGGCGAGCAUUGAAUAUACCAGGAGGGGGGACCUACACAUCACACUCACCUCUCCAGCUGGGACCAGUACAGUGCUGCUGGCAGAGAGAGAGAGGGACACAUCCUCUAACGGCUUCAGAAACUGGGACUUCAUGUCCGUCCACACAUGGGGGGAGGACCCUGCUGGUACAUGGACCCUAAAAAUCACAGAUACUUCCGGCCGCAUGGAGAACAAGGGUCGGAUUUUGAACUGGAAGCUGAUCCUUCAUGGAACAUCAGAAAAACCGGAGCACAUGAAGAAACCUCGAGUGUACAUUCCUUACAAUGCCGUGCAGAACGACCGCCGUGGUGUAGAACAUAUGGAUGACAUGAUGGAGGAACCAACACAGGCCCAACCUCAGAAGACUGAGAAUGCCCAAGCCUCUCCUAAUAACUCAGAGAAGGAGAUCAAAAAACCCUCAAAUUCACCCUUCUCCCCCUCCCUUGCUCUGCUGCGUCUCCUGCAGACGGCCUUCAACCGGCAGACCCCAGCGCUGCAGCAGUCUGAGCCCAUUGCCAAGGCCUGGAGGAAGCAGCAGCAGCUGGGCCAGAGCUUCUCUCCCCCUGCUACGAGACUCCCGCCUCAGAAGCUGUACCAGGCUCUGGACAUGAUCAACAAGUACCGGAGCCCUGAGGACAGUGUCUACAGUGACUACAGUGACGGCUUCUACAGCACCAAGCCGUACAGGCACAGAGAUGACCGUCUGCUCCAGGCCCUGUUUGAGAUGCUCGACGAUGCCCGCAAGUGAAAGUCUAACAGAGCAGUGAGGAGAUCUAAGUGGAAGAGACUGUUGGUUUGGGAGCUGUGGAACAAGGUGAAACGAAGAAGGCUGAGACCAGGCACUGGGAGAGGAGGAGGAAAAAAGAUACAGAAAAAGAGAGAACUCUUCCUGUUCUGUUGUUCCCCCCAAAAUGCUGCAUAUCUGACCUAUUAACCUUCACUUGCCAAUCACCUUUUGUAAACAGAUAUUUAAAUUCCUUCAUUCAGUGCAUAAUGUCCAAAUGUGAUUCAAAGCAUCUGCUUUAUCUCCAUGUAGUGAAAGUAAAAAAAAUCAUUUACACCAGACGAAAAGUGGAGUUGGUGGUGGUGAUGGGGUUGACGGUGGCCUUUUCUCUCAUCUCUUUACUGCCUGCUGAAGCAUGCCACCUUUAGAAUCUAAGUUUUGUAAUAGUAGCUAUAUAUUAUCUAUAUAUUAUUCAGAGACAUGGAUUGUAAUAUGGAUUUGUAAUUACAUCAAAAAUCUUGACAUUCUGAUUCAAAAAUCCCAUUUCUACAGACUUUUUUUGGCAUUGUCCAAAGUUUAUGUCAAUAUGUUUCUCACUACAAAUUUAUUUGCUGUAGGGGACAAAUUGAUCCUAAUUCAAAUCAACAUGAAUUUAAGAGUGAAAUUAAAUUUGAAUUCGAUUAGUCAUUUGAAAAGGUUUAAAAGUGUUGACUAAAGAUUUAUUCUCAGGGUGUCAGCGAACCUCAACAGAGGACUUUUCAAAGUAUUUAGAGAAAUAUAUUUAGUGUGACAGAUUAUUUAGUGUAAAAUGAUACAGAUGACACGAUAAUACAGACGAAACAUUAAAACUAGAAAAGAUUAUGAUAGCAACAAAUGACUGAAAGAGCACUGGAAAUCUUUUCAGUUGGAGCGAAUUACAGAUUAAUCUUCUUGUGCAAUUUGUUUAAUUUUGUAUGAGUAUAAUGCUGCAUUAAAUUAAAUAUUUUUCUAUGGAUACCUUAUAGGUUAUGAAACAAUAUAUAGAGUCUCAAACUAUUUAUUUUCUCGUGACACAGUUCAGUAAAGUCAGUGUAGUUAUAAUCACUGCAAAUGAGCACUGCCAAAAAUCCUGCUCUUACAAAGAAGCUCCUGUGCAAAAAGCUCUUUAAUCAGAAUUUGUAAUAUGCCAUCUAUAAACAGUUCUGUGAAUCCUGGACACAAUUAUUAUUAUUUAUUUUUUUUGCAUUAUUAUUUGCAAAUAAACCACUUCUCUGGUGUUGUUUGAUUUUAAUCAAUCUAUUGACUGACCAAAAGCUGUGUAGAGUAGGGGCUCUGCAGUACAACUCUUAAGCACAUUCAUGUUGAACGCCUUAAAAUAUGCUGUAACACAUGUGCAUACUCAUCUCUAUGUGAUGUAGGUUGGUUUAGAGAUGCUAGUGUAAGUGUUUAUGACAUAAAUAGCUAUGAAGUUCUUAUGCAGAGUCCCUACCCUCCAGCUUGGAGCUGCCCGCCCCCACUGCUCUGCCAGCACAGUGACAGGAAAACAACAAUGUUUGGAAAAACACUUUACAUGCACCCUGUAAUUUAGCCAUUCUUUAGUGUAGUCCAUGCUGUUUCCUUUAUGUUUUAGUUUCUGGCUGAGACUUCAGGCCAGAGUUGUUUACACAAACCAAUGUUAUGUUGUGAUAUCUGUAUGGGUGUACAAAAAAUUAUUAUUAUUUAUCUUAAUAAACUGCAAAGUGAC